CUUACCGCCUCACCACCAUGUACAAUGGUAUUGGUCUUACUACACCUCGGGGAAGUGGAACAAAUGGCUAUGUUGUCCGCAACCUUUCGACAUUGAGGUCGUAUCAACCAGCUCAGGAUCGUGCAAACGCUUGGGAUGCAGCACCGCCCAAGCAUCGUGAACCGGACGAAGGCAUUCUGGAACAUGAGAGGAAACGAAAGGUUGAGGUUGAAUGUCUGACCUUGCAGCUCGAGCUGGAGGAUAACGGUGCUGACGAGACAGAGAUAGAAGAAAAAGUUGCCGCCCUUCGUGGAAAGCUUCUAGCGAACUUAUCGAGCAUGGCGCCCAAAAAGCUUAAACCAACCGACACUCAUGGUAUGGCUGCGGCUAAAAAAACUGAGCUUGCCAAAAUGGCACGCGCUUUCGGUACCAGUAGCAACUACAGCGAAGGGGAUGCUUUUGACCGAGAGAAGCAAGAAGAGCUCAAGGUGAAGCGGCAAGUUGAACGAGAAGAGAGAGAUCGCAGAAAAGAGGAAGAGCGGGAACAGAUGUUGGAGCAAAAGGCUAAAUGGGAGGCCGAGAAGAGGGAACGCGAUCGACUGCGACGAAGAGAAGAGGACAGGAUUCGACGGGAGAGAGAAGAGAACGCCACGAGGCGCAAAGAUCGUGGCAUGCCUCCACCGCCUCUGCCUCCUCCAAGAGAUCGACCCUACCGCGACAAUCGUGGUUCAGACAGACGCAGUCGGAGUCGAAGCCCUCGUCGUCGCCCUUCACCUCUUCGACGACCUCGCCAUGAUUCAAGGUCAGUGUCUCCUCCCCGUCGACGAUACGAUUCGCGUUCACGGUCACGUUCGCGAUCAUCGUCUCUGUCGCGCUCUCCGUCUCCACCUCGUCGCAGACGCUCGCCUUCACCCCCCCGUCGCUCUCCGCCUCCUACUCCGCCUCGUCAGCGCGAUGUAAGCCCUCCUUCCCGUCGUAGAGGACGUUCUGCAUCCCAUUCGCCGCCGUAUAGGCCAAGAGACAGAAGGGGGCCUCCUUUUGAAGGUGAUCCAAGGGCAGAGAGGGGACGAAGGCUGCAUUCUGAAGAUCAGCCUCGACGGGGUCGCGGUCGUUCUGCCUCAAGUGGUUCGUCGAUGUCUGUUAGUUCCCAGUCAUCAGGGAGUCGAAGUCGAAGCCGUGAAUAGCCGGCUUGGUCGUUUGCUUUUUGUCUCUCAUUUAUCCUACUUGUCUACUGUGUAUGAGUAUUCAACAAGACCGAUCUUGCAAAUUGAGGACACGGCGUUACCAAAUAGUUGCUCAACAUUUUGAAUCCAAAAA